AUGGGGGCGGCCGGCGUGGCCCGGCUGCACGGGCUCUUUGCGGCCUACAAGCCCCCGGGGCUGCACUGGAAGCACCUGCGGGACACGGUGGAGCUGCAGCUGCUGAAGGGUCUCAAUGCUAGGAAGCCUCCUGCCCCUCAACAGCGUGUUCGCUUUCUGCUGGGCCCCGUGGAAGGCAGCGAAGAGAAGGAGCUGACCCUCACGGCCACCAGUGUGCCCAGCCUCACCAACCAUCCGCUGGUACGUGGACCAGCAUUCACCAGCCUGAAGAUUGGCAUGGGACACCGGCUGGAUGUCCAGGCAUCUGGGGUGGUUGUGCUCGGCGUGGGACAGGGAUGCAGUCUCCUCACCGACAUGUACCACGCACACCUCACCAAGGAUUACACGGUUCUCGGCCUCCUGGGCAAAGCCACAGAUGACUUCCGCGAGGACGGGCGGCUGGUGGAGAGGACGACGUAUGACCACGUGACCAGAGAGAAACUGGAUCGAAUCCUGACCGUGAUCCAAGGCUCCCAUCAGAAGGCCCUGGUGACGUACUCCCACCUCGAUCUGCAGACCCAGGAGGCCUACGAAAUGGCCGUGAAAGGCUUGAUCCGGCCCAUGAACAAGUCCCCGAUGCUGGUAACCGGCAUCCGAUGCCUCCGCUUUGCACCUCCAGAAUUCCUCUUAGAGGUGCAGUGCAUGAACGAGACGCAGAAGCAGCUGCGGAGUCUGGUGCAUGAGAUCGGCUUGGCGCUGAAGACCACCGCUGUCUGCUCCCACGUGCGGCGCACGCGGGAUGGCUGCUUCACCCUGGACGAUGCCCUCCUGAGGACCCAGUGGAACCUGAACAGCAUCCAGGACGCCAUCCAGGCCGCAGCCCCCCGGGUGGCAGCCGAGCUGGAGAAGAACUUGAGGCUGCAGCUGGGCACCCAGCAGCUCCAAGGUCCAGGCUGGCAGGGGGACAAUGAGGGGCCAAGCCCUGCCUUGGAAGGUCGGACUGCUGGUGGGGCAGCGGUGGAUAAAGGUCAGAGUUGUGCAUGA